UCGCAUUUGAAUUGGAAUUCCUUGUGGCCCUUUGUUGCCCAAUAUGUAUAUAGGAUGAUUGCAACAAUUCCAUAUAAUUGAAGCAUUCCAAUUACAUAUCUAUAAUGAAUUCAGUUAAAGUCAGUUCUCAAUCAUAUGCAUUGAAAUGGGAAGAUUUAUCCUCUCUUGAAAACUCCUAUUCUAAGAAACACUCAUGUAAUAGUUCAUCACCUGGUCUACGACAAACUCAAUUAAAUUUCUCACCAAAUCACCAAACGAAACUGUCUAAACAAUUUGAAAAUGUUACAGAUGGUAUCGAACUUGAUAACACUAAUCGGAUUACUAAUGAAAAUGCUUCUUUGAAAUCAAAUGAACAUAAUUCAUAUCCUCAAACUUCCAUUAAACUUGAACCACCAUCAAUCUCAACUGCUGAGUCUUUGAACAAAUCUCCAAAGUCCAUCAUUACUAGCCCUACGCGAAUAAUGAAACAGGCUAUCAUAACUGAAACAGGGAUUUCACCGGCGGAAAAUGUAUUCAAGAAACCGAUCAGAAAGAAGAAAGCUGGCACUAAUAAAAAAUCACAAGUGAAACGUUCUCGGAGCGUAGAUUCACCUCAGAUCAAUACUACCACUAAUGAUGAUAUAGAUCAAAAGGGUUCUGUUAAAUUAUCAACUUCUAAUUCUUAUCAGACAAGGACAACAACAACAACCACACGCGUUUGUAAAUCAACAACGGUCAGUCCAAAAAAGAAUUCACACGUAGCAAGUGAUGUAUAUGCUGCUACACAGAAUAAACAAAACAAAUGUAAAACACAAUUACAAACACAACUUACAUCAUAUGGAAUUAGAAAAACCGCUCGACAAUAUGCUAAAGAAAUUGAGCGUGAACGUGAAAACAAUUUUUUAAAUGCUUUAAAAAACAAUAUUGAAAGUGGUAUGAAAAUUAUACAAACUGAAGAAAAAGGUCGUGGAAUAAUUGCUACACGAACAUUUUAUGAAGGUGAAUUUGUUGUGGAAUAUGCUGGAGAUUUAAUCUCAGAAAAAUUAGCUAAACAACGUGAAGCUGUAUAUAAACAAAAUCCUGCAAUUGGUUCUUAUAUGUUCUUUUUUGUACAUGCAGGUCAACGGUAUUGUGUAGAUGCAACAGAAGAGACCUCACGACUUGGUCGGCUAAUUAAUCAUAGUAGAUUAAAACCGAAUUGUAUUGUUAAAGUAAUUCCAAUUGAUGGUGUUCCUCGACUUGCACUAUUUGCACGUAAAUCAAUUUCUCCUGGUGAAGAACUACUCUAUGAUUAUGGUGAUCGUGAUAAAGAAACUUUACAACUUCAUCCAUGGUUGAAAACAUAAACAAUUCACCCCUUUUUUUUCUUUAUUUUAUUGAUCAAAUACAUGUCGGUAACUACGAUGAUAAUGGUAAUUCAUUUGUUACUACCGUUGUUGUUGCUAUCGUUAUCGAUUGUGGUUAGAAAUUUUUUAAAAUUAUUUCUUCGAUUGGAUUUUCUUCUUAAGAGAUCAUUAUGUUCUCUUUCUAUUUCGUGUUUUCCUCAUUGAUACUAUUCAUGAUGCUUUCUGUCUAGAAGAUUAUUGAAUACAUUUAGUCAUAAACGUACGUAUGUAAUCGAAAAAUUAUCUUUACAAGUGCAGUCUGAUAAAAUGAAGUAUUUUUCGCUUUCUUUAUUCUCUUUUUCUUAUUCUGAGAUUUGGCAACUUGGAGUGAUGCAUUUAUGUGUCUGGUCCUACGUUGUAACUGACUGACUUUUUCUCCUUCUUCGUGGUUUCUUUCAGUUUUGUCAGUUUCUCCUUGGAUUGUUUUGAUUGCAGACAAACUUUUUAAAAAAGCAGACAGAUUAGAGAUGUCAUUACUUUGUCUAUUCUUUUACACGGGUGUAUAUGUGUGUGUUUGUCUGUGUUCAAUUCAACUUUGCCGUCUUUUUUUUCAGCUUCCUCAUAUUUUACUCUUUCCUUAUGUGUAUACCAUUUGUAUAUAUAUAUAUAUAUAUAUAUAUAUAUAUAUAUAUAUACCUGUCUACUUAUUUCAUUAUUGUUAGUAGUAUUCUGAUUAAUGUCAAUGUUAUGUAAGUAUUAGUAAUUUUGUAUUCAUAAUAAUUACAUCUCUGUAUGUAUAUGUAUGCACAUAUAUAUGUAACGAUUUGUCUGUUUCCAUUUUACUGUACUGUAUGUUCAAAACUCCAGAUACAAUAACAUUGGAAAGAAUUCA